CGCGACGAAGACAACAACGCAGAACAUUCCAUUUCUCAACAACUCCUAGGAGAGGUGCGACCACUUCAACAGCGAUAGCGGUAGCAAUAAACGCCGUCGACAAUGGCGAAGAAGACAUCCAAUCAAAGUGCCCUACAAGAGAAGGCGCCAGCAAUGCAAACAGCCACGGAAAAGAAGACUGCGGAUGUCCAUUUCCCCAAGAAAGUCGUCGGACGCCCUCGCAGGCGCGGGCGGGAAGUUAUCCCGGAGGUCGCGCCUGAGCGGUCCAAGACUGACCGUACCCCCAAGAAAGCCGUCGGACCCCCCCCCAAGCGCAAGCAAGAAGCUAUCACGGACGUUACGCCUGAGAAACCGAAGGCAGCCGGUCCGCGGAAGCGACCCAAGCUCACGAAAGGAGCCAUCGUCAACCGAGCCCCAACCCAGAAGCUCAACGUUUAUGUUUGCGGAGAAGUCAGCGCCGGCGAGCUUGGCCUCGGUCCGGAUGUGAAAAAAGUCAAGCGACCACGCCUCAACACGAAUCUACUCCCCGAUUCGGUCGGCGUGGUACAGAUCGCUACCGGCGGGAUGCAUGCUCUCGCGCUUACGCACGAUAACAAGAUCCUGUCGUGGGGUGUCAACGACAUAGGCGCUCUGGGACGCAAUACCGAUUGGGAAGGAAGGCUGGUUGAUAUUGCUGAUAUCGAUGCCGAUUCCGAUGACAGUGACGCUGAGAUGAAUCCGUUAGAGUCAACGCCAACCGCAAUCUCAGAGGAACAUUUUCCUCAAAAUACAGUUUUCACCCAAGUCGCAGCUAGCGACAGCGCAAGCUUUGCCGUUACGGAUGAUGGCCGCGUUUAUGGAUGGGGCACCUUUAGGAACAACGACGGAAAAUCGGCAUUCAUGUUCGAUAAGCGUGGCAAGCUUGUCAAGAUGCAACGAACGCCGGUUUUACUCCCGACCCUUAAACACAUUACCCAGAUAGCUUGCGGCGCUGAUCAUGUCCUCGCCCUAGAUAAGUCAGGACGCAUUCAUGCUUGGGGCAAUGGCCAGCAAUGUCAGCUUGGUCGUCGCGUCGUUGAGAGGACUCAGACUGGAACCAUCACUCCCAGCGGUGUUUCUGUGCCCAAUAAAGCCAUUGCAGUCGGCUGCGGCUCGUAUCACUCUUUCGCUAUAGAUAGAGAUGGUGGCUUGUGGGCUUGGGGUCUGAAUAGCUAUGGUGAGACAGGCAUACCCGUUAGGCAGGGCGAAGAGUCUAGGACCGUCUAUCCACCUCAGAGGGUUGGAAAUAUUACCGGGAAGAAGGUGAAAACCGUUCAAGGCGGAGCCCAUCACUCGGUGGCAGUAACCACAGAUGGCGAUUGCUUAGUUUGGGGACGUACGGAUGGUGGCCAGUGCGGCAUUAACGUCCACAGCCUUGCAGAUGAAAAUGUGGUUAAGGACAGUCAAGGAAAGAUUCGCAUCCUCUCUAUACCCACGGCCGUACCUAAAAUGAAAGCCACCAUGGCCGCGGCUGGUAGCGACCAUACCAUUGCCGUUACUACCGAUGGCAAGGCAUACUCAUGGGGCUUCAAUGCUACGUUCCAGCUUGGACAGGGCGGGAAUAACGAUGAUCCGGGGGAUAUUGAGAUUGCAACGCUGAUCGAUAACACUGCAUUGCGAAACGCGAAAGUUAACUGGGCCGGUGCGGGAGGACAGUAUUCCAUCAUCACUGCUCCCGCCGAUGCCUAGCAGUUCUUGAACGGGGACUACUAAUUUUUUCUUAUUAUGCUGCUUAGGAGUUAUACAGUCCUAAAAAUGUAGAUAAAGUUUGCGCAUUUGGUAUGUUUCCUAAUCCAUGUACCUGUAUCUUGUUCCUGUUUAAUCGUG